AUGAAGAACAAAUACGAAGGCUCCACAAAAGUCAAACGUGCUCAACUUCAAGCUUUAAGAAGGGACUUUGAAACUCUACAAAUAAAGGAAGGUGAGUCAGUUACUAGCUAUUGUUCAAGGGUCAUGAGAAUUGCAAACAACAUGCGAGUUCAUGGAGAAAGUAUGGGAUACACCCUUAUCGUUGAAAAAAUUAUACGCUCACUCGCACCAAAACUUGACUAUGUGGUGUGCUCAAUUGAAGAAUCCAGUGACACUGAUGAACUCUCCCUUGAUGAGCAUCAAAGCUCAUUGCUGAGAAAGGGAAAGAGGCUGCCUAACGACAAAGAAAAGGGAGAAAGUUUAAACUUUAUUGAAAAUAAGGAAGCUGUGUUGAUGGCCACUCUAGCGGAAGAAACUGGGUCAGAUAUUUGGUAUUUGGAUACAGGUUGCAGUAACCACAUGAGUGGAAGUAAGUCUUCUUUUUCUUAUUUAAAUGAAGAUUUUCAUUCUACUAUGAGUUUUGGUGACUCCUCUUCUAUAGAAGCAAUGGAAAAAGGUGAUAUCAAGAUAAAAACCAAGAAUGUUUUUGUGGAAACAAUAUCAAAUGUGAUGCAUGCUAUUGCUUUAAAAAGUAAUUUAUUGAGUGCUGGUCCAUUACAAGAGAAGGGUUAUGUUAUCACCAUUCAGAAGGGAGCUUGUGAAAUUUAUGAUCCUAUUAGAGGUGCCAUAGCAAUUGUCCAAAUGAGUUCAAACAAAUUGUUUCCAUUGUAG